GGGGCCGAGGCUGCAGCGGGGCCUUCUGUGCCGCUGCAGGUCCCGGAGGACUUCAUCUCUCGGGAGCUCUUCGACACCAUCCAGGUGUACGUCAUCACGAAGCCCGAGCUGCAGAACAAGCUGAUCACCGUCACAGCCAUGGAGAAGAAGCUGAUUGGCUGCCCUGUCUGUAUUGAGCACAAGAAAUACAGCCGAAAUGCCCUGCUCUUCAACCUGGGCUUCGUGUGUGAUGCCAGAGCCAAGGCCUGUGCCCUGGAGCCCAUCGUGAAGAAGCUGGCUGGCUACCUCACCACCCUGGAGCUGGAAAGCGGCUUCAUCUCCAAUGAGGAGAGCAAACAAAAGCUGGUUCCCAUCAUGACCAUCCUGCUGGAGGAGCUGAACGCCAAAGGAAAGUGCACCCUGCCCAUAGAUGAGUCGAACACCAUCCACCUGAAGGUGAUUGAGCAGCGCCCGGACCCCCCCAUCGUGCAGGAGUACGAUGUCCCUGUCUUCACCCAGGACAAGGAUGACUUCUUCAAUUCCCAAUGGGAUCUCACCACGCAGCAGAUCCUGCCCUACAUCGACGGCUUUCGGCACGUCCAGAAGAUUUCAGCAGAAGCAGACGUGGAGCUGAACCUGGUGCGCAUUGCUGUGCAGAACCUGCUGUACUACGGGGUGGUCACACUCGUCUCCAUUCUGCAGUACUCCAAUGUCUACUGCACCACACCGAAGGUCCAGGACCUGGUGGAUGACAAGUGUCUCCAGGAGGAGUGCCUGUCCUAUGUCACCAAACAAGGGCACAAGCGAGCCAGCCUCAGGGAUGUAUUCCAGCUGUACUGCGGGCUGAGCCCUGGCACCACGGUGCGAGACCUCAUCUCCCGCUACACCCUGCAGCUCCAGAGGGUGGACGAGAGGAGGCUGAUCCAGUUUGGAUUGAUGAAGGGCCUUAUCCGGCGGCUCCAGAAAUACCCGGUGAAGGUGACCCGGGACGAGCGGAGCCACCCAGCCCGGCUGUACACGGGCUGCCACAGCUACGACGAGAUCUGCUGCAAGACCGGGGAGUGCUGGGGCUCCAGCGGCUGGAGUGCCAUAGAGCCCCAAAACCCGUAG